UAGUUUCCACCCUCAGUAAUCUGAUCGCUGUUCUGUAGUCCAGCAGCGCGAGCUUUGUUUGGAGGCUCCAUAACCCACGUGACAGCUCUUACAGCGAAGUCAACGGAUGUCGCAACUCUGAGUUUAUGAAGGGCUCUGGUCUAUGCGUUUUACAAUGCGGUCACGUGAACAGAGUGACUGCGCAUGCUCUGUUGCUACUCAGUUGUUGUAGUUACCAGCAGGAUUAACCGUCCUCGUUGGAACGAUAGCUAGCUGUUAGCAGGCUCGGUGGCAGAUAAAGUCCGGGUUCCGGUGGUGUGUGUUCAUUAUAAGGAGGAUUUCACCUGCAAGUCUGUCAGUCUUCAUGUGGAGAUGCCAGCUGUGGUCGGAGGGAGGAAGGAGACGGAGUCUUCCUCAGAAGAUGAGCAAGACAGAGACCAUCCCUGCAUUAGAUGGAGCGGCCUCAGCAGGACCAUCCCAGUCCUCCUCUUCCUUCCUGAGGCCGUAGUCUCAAAGGACCGGAACAUCUGCUGCGUUGGAGAACGAUAUAAUCUGGCCUUCAAGAUCAUCCGAACAGAGAGCUGCCUGGUGCGAGGAAUUCUGACCAAUCAUGGAUUCCACGAGGUCCACCCCAACAGUAAGGACUUCAACCUGAUGUGGACCGGCUCGCACCUGAAGCCCUACGUCCUGCACAGCCUCCAGGACUUCCAGAAGGUCAACCACUUCCCCAGGUCGUAUGAGUUAACGAGGAAGGACCGUCUCUACAGGAACAUCCAGAGGAUGCAGCAGACUCAUGGCUUCAGGAACUUCCACAUUAUUCCGCAGACCUUUGUUCUUCCCUCAGAGUUCCAGAGGUUCCAAAGUUGUGCUGCCAAGGACGGUGGUCCGUGGAUCAUUAAGCCCGUAGCGUCCUCCAGAGGACGAGGGAUCUACCUGGUCAGCAACCCCAGUCAGGUGUCGGUGGAUGAAAACAUCCUGGUGUCUCGGUACAUCAACGACCCCCUGCUGAUCGACGAGUUCAAAUUCGAUGUGCGUCUGUACGUGCUUGUGACGUCAUUCGAUCCGCUCCUCAUCUACGUGUACGAGGAAGGCCUGGCCAGGUUUGCUACGGUUAAAUACGACCAGACUUCUACCAACAUCAAGAACACCUUCAUGCAUCUGACCAACUACAGUCUGAAUAAGAAGAGCCGGGACUACGUCAGCUGUGACGACCCUGAAGUGGAGGAUUAUGGGAACAAAUGGAGCAUGAGUGCAGUGCUGAGGUAUCUGAAGCAGGAAGGGAAAGACACCAACGUGCUGAUGAGGAAGGUGGAGGACGUCAUCAUAAAAGCCGUGCUGAGCGUCGAGCAGCAGAUCGCUGCAGCCUGCAGGACCUCCAUUCCUCACAGGAACAACUGCUUCGAACUGUACGGGUUUGACGUUCUCAUCGACUCCAACCUGAAACCCUGGUUGUUGGAGGUGAACCUGUCUCCGUCCCUGUCCUGCGAUGCGCCGUUGGAUCUGAAGAUCAAGGCCAGCAUGAUCGCAGACAUGUUUUCUCUUGUAGGUUUCGUCUGUCAGGAUCCUCAAACCAGACAAGCUCUAUCCGAUAGAAUCACCCUGGACAAGAACCCUGCAGGACUGCAAGCUCGGCGGCAGAGACGGACACCAGCCGUUACCACGGAAACAGAGGAGGUGCGAGGUAAAGCCAGCCAACGAGACCUCAGUCUGAGUUCGGAGGAGGUCCGACUUCUGAGGAGAAUAAAAGAGGAGUACGAGAGAAGAGGAGGGUUCAUCAGGAUCUUCCCCACUGCAGACACCUGGGAGCUUUACGGAGCUUAUCUGCAGCACAAGACGUCAAUGAACGUCCGACUGGCAAGCACACUUUUCCAAGAAAAGAACGGGAACGUUCAAGUGGAGGCAGUCAACGGCUGUCAUGUUGUCCAGUAUGAGAGGAAGCUGCUGUGUCUGGAGGCUAGAAGAAGAAAACUGCACCACCUGAUUCACCGCUCUGCCGUCAGGAGGAAGAAACCAGGGAAGGAGUUCAGGGAGGAGGAACAUCUGAUCUGGAAACGGGAGACCAGAUCGGAGCAUCGCCAUGGUGAGGCAGCAUCCAGCUCUGAGGCCGCCAACGCCAUGCGCACGGUCAACCUGCUCAGCAUCCUGCAGGGGGGCUGGGAGCUCAGUAAGGUUCAGGCUCGGAUCUCCUUCUCCUCGUACCUGCAGCGAGUCCAGCAGAGGCUGUUGGCGGAGAACCGAAGCUGCUCCACGCCAGCGUGGCCGGAGAAAGACGAAGAUCAGAUGGAGCUGGUGUUCCGCUUCCUGAGGAGAGCUGCCGGUAAUCUGCAGCAGGACCUGAAGGUGGUCUUACCCACCUGCCAGCUGCCCGUCCAGGACCGCCGCCGAAUCCUGGCCGACCAGUUAGGACAGUUCAUCCACUGUUACAACAAGGAAACGGAGCACAUGGGGAGGAAACAGGAGGGCAGUGAGGACCAGCGUUGUGUUGACAGCCGUGUGUUUCAGGAUUACAUUUCUAACGCCAGUGAGAACGAUCUGGAGGAGGUGCUGACGUUCUACACGCAGAAGAAGAAAUCAGCCACCGUCUUCCUGGGAACGAAAGUCCAAGCUGGUAAAAAAGACCUUCACUACAAAACCUUCCUGGAAGAUUCUGGCAGCGCUCCGUCCAUGGCCGGAGAUAAUCCGGACUCAUCCCGGUCCACAGGGAAGGUUGAAGGUGACCUGAAGACCAUGGAGAGUCUCUGUGUGUUGGCUGCAGACCUGCAGGUGGAGGUUACAACAGCAAAAACUCAGCGUUCCUCCAGUUUUCCUCGGACUUCAGGCCGCACCAGCGUUCCAGCCUCCCUUCCUCUUCACUGCCCGCCGCCGCCGCCGCCUCCUCAGCCUCCUCAGCCUCCUCAGCCUCAGCCUCCAUCUUACGCUCAGUCUCUGGCUAAAUCCCACCUCUGCCCCUCUGAGUCCUCUUCUGAACCUCCUUCUUACUCCUCUGCCCUCCUGACCUCCCAGCGAGCAGUGAGCACGGCAUCGUCCGGGUCAUCCUUCGCAACCAGCGGACAAUCCGGCCAGGUUCUCAGGAAAACCAGGUCUUCCACUCAGUCCAGCUCCAGAGCGACCUCCUCAGUUCCAGCUAACGCUCACAUCUACAGCCAGACGCUCAGCAGACCUCCAUGUGCAGAACCAGGGGUCAGAAGGACCAGUUCCAGAGUGAAGUCCUGCUCGGUGGGCGCUCUCAGAGAGUUACAGGUUCUGCCUUCUCAGGCUCAGUCCAACCAGCAGGCCUUUCUCUCAGUCCUGCAAAGACUGGCCAACAAGCAGGCUGCUCGUCACUACGCCGGCUCCGCCCACAUCAGCCUGCUGACGCAACACCUGAUCGGCCUGAACCAGACCAACAGGAUACAGAACAGAAUUGGUUUCAGUCUGAACCACAAAGCUGCCGCAGGUCAGGUGGGACCUGUCCAGGUGGGACCUGUCCAGGAGGGACCUGUCCAGGGGGGACCAGGCCAUAGUGGAAAGGACCAUCUGAGCAGCACGGGGGUGACUCUGGAUCAACCCUCCUCUUUAGCUCCACCUUCUCCUGACACCAGAGGAGUCUCGUCUGACGCAUCUACCUCCUCCCAUCUCUGCUCAUCCACCAGCAGUGUCUAGACUCUGAGGGGGGUCCUGUCUCCAGGCAUCAGCUCCAACCAGACCAACGUCCGUAGCUUCCUGAAAUGUUGUGGUUUGUUUCAGCUGCAGGGUGAUGAACACCUGAACACCGGUUUAUUCUGAUCGAACAGAUCUAAAAGCAGGCCCAGAACUGAUCAAUCUGGAACAGCAGCUCCACUCAGCCUCAUAAUCUCCUAAACUUUCCGUUCAAGGUCAUGUGACUUCCUGUAAACCUUCAGAGGUGAGUUAAAAGCAGCCCGCCAAGGCCCUGGUGGCUGGAAGCAGCCUCUCUGGAAGCCUUGAUGGUCGUCAGCAUUUUCACUUGGUAGAAGGAACUUUUCUGACGUCUAUCAGCUGACUGAGGAAGAGACUCCACAUUCCUGCUUAUUCUGGAUAAUUUAUCUUCUGAUCAAUAUACUGACUGAUUGCUGUUUUAAUACUAAUUAUUGUAAGAACAUAUGAAUUUAGAUAAAUAACUCCAGCGUUUGUUUUCAUAAAGUUUUGUCAUCCUGUGAAAUAAAUCUGAGAAAUUCAGAAAGCA